AUGAGAGAUCCGGACAGAUUCACCGUCGUUGCGUUGAAAGAGUUGUUGGCGGCACGCGGACUGUCCACUGCGGGCACCAAAGCGGAGUUGAUCGCGCGGUUAAUGGAGGACGAUCCGUCGGGGGCGUGGAUGGACGGACAGGACGAGUGUGGUGACGGCGGUGAGGAUUCGCAGCAGCGAGAGGUGGCCGGUGCAGCGAGUGCACAAUCGGCAUCGAGUCGACAGCAGCGAGAGGCAGCUGGUGCGGCGAGUGCACAACCAGCAUCGAGUCGGCAGCAACGAGAGGUCGAGCUGCAUAAGAGGGAGAGAGAGUUGGCGGAACGAGAGUUGGCGGAACGAGAGUUGGCGGAACGAGAGUUGGCGGUAGCGCGUUUGGAGCUGGAGGUAAUGCGCAAAAAGAUGCAAGCCGAGCAGACUAUAGGGGGCGAGCGACGGCAAUCGACGCGUGUGGCUGCGGCGAUCGAGCGGGAGCAGGUGCGGGCAAUGGCGACGGGGAGCAGCGGCGGUAGCGACGAUAUUCCGGCCCCGUUGGUUCAAACGCGAACGAACAUAACGGCGAUUGCGGAUCUGCUGAGUGUUUUCGAUGGUAAAUCCAGCCAUUAUGAGACGUGGGAGAAGCAGAUAAAGCAGCUUAGGUCGACGUACCGAUUGGAGGACGUUGCGAAAAUUCUCAUCGGCAUGCGACUAAAGGGAAGAGCGCACGAGUGGUUGCAUUCCAGGGCGGAACACAUCACGAUGACAUUCGACCAUCUUCUGGAUGAGUUAAGAGCUAUGUUCUUUAGGCGGCAGAGCAAAGUGACAACGCGGAAAAAAUUUGAGGAGCGAGUGUGGAGGAAGGGCGAAACGUUCCAGGAAUAUUUCCAUGAAAAGAUUAUCUUGGGCAACCAUGUGUCAAUUGAGGAGGAUGAAAUGCUAGAGUACCUGAUCGAGGGGAUUCCAGACGAGAGACUAAAAGAUCAAGCACGCAUCCAGCGAUUUGCAGCGGCGGAUGGACUAUUGGAGGCAUUCGAGAGGGUGACCCUCCGAGACCGAGGUAUAUCCAACGCAUCAAGGUCAACGAGAACAGAGAAGCGAGUCAGCGACCAGGGAAGAAGUGAGCGAAGAGAAACCGCAAACGGUAGCGAGAAUAGGAGGUUCGCGGGUAAAAUCGCGUAUUGUUUUAAUUGUGGCGAACGUGAUCAUUUAGGCAUAAAUUGUCCGACUAAAGAACAAGGCGCUAAGUGCUUUCAAUGCGGAAAGCGGAGGCAUAUCGCGUCGAGUUUGAUCCACGCGGACGAUUACAUCAAGCUCGGUUCUCCGUGUUUGCGAUGUAGCAGGCUGUUAUUCGAUGGCGUAGGUUCAAAUAAUAACACAACAUUGGGAAAAUUCCAAGCCAAGCUCAGAGUUGAAGGACAUUCAUAUUCGGUUUGUAUACAUGUCGUGUCAGAUACGAUGCUUCGACACAAAUUAUUACUGGGAACGGAUUUCUUAAAUUUGACCGAUGUUAAUAUCAGGGGCGGCGAUAUGACUAUCCGUCCGUUGGCACAGAUAACGCGCAAAGAGUCUGGGGCGGUGAGCGAUGUGGCGGGAUGUGAGAGUACGCGCGACGUGGUGAGGCGCGCGAGCGUCGAGUCGGAGGUGGCGAGCGAUGUGGCAGGAUGCGAGAAUAUGCCAGAGAUACUUAAGAUAGAUGUAAUUCGCGACGAAACGUGCAAAGCGAGUCACGUAAAUGUUUCGCAUGUCGAGGACUCUCAGCGGAGAAAAGCGAUAGAAAAAUUAAUAAAUAAUUACAAGUCAGACAGAACCGGUGAGGCUGAGGUAACAAUGAAACUCGUGCUUAGGGAUGAGGAGCCGGUGCAUCAGUCGGCAAAGCGCUUAUCGGCGUUCGAGAGAACAGUAGUUAACGCGCAAAUCGAUCGAUAUCCGCUGCCAUUGAUCGAGGACCAGCUGGAUAUGUUGAAGGGCGCGCGUGUUUUUAGUACGCUCGAUCUGACGAACGGUUUCUUCCAUGUACGGGUGAACGAAUCGAGUCGGAAGUAUACGGCAUUUAUUGUGCCCAAUGGCCAUUACGAAUUUUUACGAGUUCCUUUUGGUCUCUGUAAUUCGCCGGCGGUGUUCCAGAGAUAUGUGAAUACAGUAUUUAGAGAUCUCAUACGGGAAAGGAUAGUUUUGGCAUAUAUGGACGACUUGAUUAUACCAUCCAGCGAUGUCGAGAGUGGCAUUAGAAAUCUGGAAAGAGUGUUGGUAACGGCAAGCGAGACAGGUCUGAUGAUCAAUUGCAGUAAGUGUUGCUUUUUGGAGACCACCGUUGAGUUUUUGGGUCACGUGAUUUGUAACGGAUGCGUUCGUUUGUCGGAUCGUAAGACUGAGGCGGUGCGACGUUUUCCAUGUCCUGCGAGCGCAAAACAAGUGCAAAGUUUUCUUGGUUUGAGCGGGUAUUUCCGUAAAUUUAUCGAAUGUUGA